ACCCAUUGGGCGCCACACGCGUGAGCCAACUUUACUUGUUUCCGUUCCCUCUUCGUCACCCUCAACUUUUACGGCGGAAUACACAUUACACACAGAGCAGCAACGGUACUUUCCAAGAUUCUAACCCUUUUUCUCCUCCAUUAUCGCCGUUUCAUAUGCUCUCAAAGAGCCCUUUUUCCCUCACGCCACCCCGCUCCCCAGUUCCUUUUCUAGAACCCCACAUUAUCCUUUCUCCAUAAAAUAUUAACGCUACUCAGAAGAGCAAGAAUUCUUUGGGUUCCGUGUUUCAGUCCUUUUUUUCUUUUCUUUUCUUUUUUAAUUUUUUGUUUUCUUUCCUCUGGAUGCCAGUUGUGUUAAAGAUCUGCGGCCUGAAUUUAAGAACAUCGACAUGGAUUCUUUUUCUAUGGUGUCAAAGUUAAUUUUGUUCGCCAUUUUAUUGUUCUUGGUCACUACUGGGAAUUCCCAAUCCGGUGAUGCUGGAGUAAUGCUAGAAUUGAAGAAGAAUAUUAACGCGCCGAGUUCACUCGGUUGGACUGACUCGGACCCCUGCAACUGGAAGAACGUUCGGUGCUCUAAAAAUGAUAAACGGGUCACCCGGAUCCAAAUUGGGGGUCAGGGUCUCAAAGGGUCUCUUCCACCUAACCUCAAUAAUCUCACUUCUUUACAGUACUUCGAAGUACAGUUAAAUGAACUCACUGGGUCACUCCCGAGUCUCGCCGGUUUGUCUUCGCUCCAGUCCCUCCUGCUCAACAACAACAAUUUCACCUCUAUACCACCUGAUUUCUUUAAUGGUAUGACUUCGUUACAGCAAGUUUACUUGGAUUAUAACCCCUUUUCGUCCUGGGGAAUUCCGGAUAGUCUUAAGAGUGCAUCGACAUUGCAAACAUUUUCAGCAAAUUCUGCUAAUAUUUCCGGGACAUUACCUGAUUUUCUUGUGGGCGAUGCGUUUUCGAGCCUGGUAAAAUUGCAUUUAGCCUUCAAUUAUCUCGAAGGCCCUUUGCCUUCAACAUUGUCUGGCUCAUCCAUACAGUCUUUAUGGCUAAAUGGCCAGUAUGGUAAUUCAAAAUUAAAUGGUUCUAUUGCUGUUUUACAAAACAUGACUCAAUUGACUGAGGUUUGGUUGCACGGAAAUUCAUUCUCAGGGCCCUUACCGGAAUUUUCAGGCUUAACCCAGUUGCAAAAAUUGAGUUUAAGGGAUAAUAGUUUGACAGGCCCGGUACCAGCAUCUUUGGUUGGACUGAAAUCACUGAUGGUGGUAAAUUUAACCAAUAAUAUGUUGCAAGGGCCAACACCGAAAUUUAGUAAUUCAGUGCAGGUGGAUAUGAAGGAGAAAACUAAUAGUUUCUGUUUACCUGUUCCUGGGGUUGAAUGUGAUUCCCGAGUUAAUGUUUUGCUUUCUGUGGCUCAGGACGUGGGGUAUCCGAUAACAUUUGCUGAGAACUGGAAAGGGAACGAUCCAUGUAUAUGGAUGGGGAUCGCUUGUAAUGGUGUGAACAUUACUGUGAUCAAUUUUCAAAGAAUGAGUCUCACUGGGACGAUUUCUCCUAAUUUCUCGGAUAUCUCAUCACUGCAGAAGUUGGUAUUGGCUAAUAACAAUUUGACCGGAACUAUUCCAAAUGAACUAGCCAACUUACCUAACCUUAAAGAGUUGGACGUUACAAAUAAUCAGAUUUAUGGGAGAGUUCCAAUGUUUAGAAGUAACGUGUUUGUGAAGACUGAUGGAAAUGUUAAUAUCGGGAAGGAUGCUCCACCUACAAAUUCCCCUGGUGGGAACUCCUCUGGGAAUUCACGUGGAUCGUCUUCUGAUGGUGGUAGAGGAGCAAAGGGUAAUGGAGAAAAGAAAUCAUUUACUGGAGUGGUGGUGGGAUCCGUCAUUGGUGGUGUUUGUGCACUUGUCUUUGCUGGGGCCUUGGUUUUAUGUCUCUAUAGAACAAAAUGCAAGCGUUCUGGUAGAGUUCAAUCUCCUAAUGCCCGGGUUUUACAUCCUCAGCACUUGGAGUCAGAAGAUGCUGCCAAGAUUACUAUUGCUGGUUCAAGCAUUAAUGGUGGAACGAGUGAGACUUAUAGUCACGGAAGCAGUGGUCCAAGUGAUAUUCAUAUCAUUGAGGCCGGUAAUAUGAUUAUCUCUAUUCAGUUGCUGAAAGAAGUGACAAAUAAUUUCAGCCAAGAUAAUAUAUUGGGAAGAGGAGGAUUUGGAACAGUUUAUAAAGGGGAGUUGCCUGAUGCGACUAAGAUAGCAGUUAAGCGGAUGGAAUCUGGAGUGAUGAGCGAGAAGGGUUUGGAUGAGUUCAAGUCUGAGAUUGCUGUUCUUACAAAAGUUCGACAUAGGCAUUUGGUUGCACUUUUAGGAUAUGGCUUGGAUGAAACUGAGAGGCUGCUUGUAUAUGAGUACAUGCCUCAGGGGACACUUAGUAGGUAUUUAUUUAACUGGAAGGAAGAAGGUUUGAAAGCACUUGAAUGGACAAAAAGGUUGACCAUUGCUUUGGAUGUGGCCAGAGGUGUUGAAUAUUUACAUGGUUUAGCACAACAAAGUUUUAUUCAUAGGGAUCUGAAACCAUCAAACAUACUCCUGGGAGACGAUAUGAGGGCUAAAGUUGCAGAUUUUGGACUUGUUCGUCUUGCUCCGGAUGGGAAAGCAUCACUUGUUACUAGAUUAGCUGGAACUUUUGGAUAUCUUGCCCCAGAAUAUGCAGUGACGGGUCGAGUGACUACUAAGAUUGACGUCUUCAGCUUUGGUGUGAUCCUAAUGGAGAUGAUCACAGGAAGAAAAGCUUUAGAUGAAACAGUUCCGGACGAUAGACAACAUCUGGUCCCAUGGUUUCGAAGGGCGCUUCUCGACAAGGACCACUUCCGCAAAGCCAUUGACCCAACACUUGAUCUGGAUGAAGAAACUCUGGCUAGUAUCAAUACCGUUGCUGAGCUGGCUGGUUACUGCUGCUCUCGGGAACCUUAUCAAAGGCCUGACAUGGGUCAUGCCGUCAAUGUGCUUUCGUCUCUUGCCGAGCUCUGGAAACCAACGGAACCUACUGAUCCAGAAGACAUAUAUGGCAUUGAUUAUGAUAUGUCAUUACCUCAAGCAGUGAAGAAAUGGCAGGCUCUCGAGGGAAUGAGUGGCAUGGAUGGUAGCACUGAAAACACUCAAACGAGUAUACCCACUCGGCCAUCAGGGUUCGCGGAUUCUUUUGCAUCUGCAGAUGGUCGAUGAGAUCAUAAGAUUUGCUGAAAUUGAGGUAUUUUGGUAUAGAGGUCUGAUUGUUGAUUCCUUGGGAUUUUCCUCCCCUCUCUUGUCUUGCCUUGCGGCGUUCUUUGAUUUUAAUCCUAUGUUGGAGAUGUUUUUAUUGUAAUAUACAGAAUUUAAUCUCUGCAUUUUCUUCUUAGGUAAUUUUGAAAUGCAAAUAUGAAGGGGUUUUUAUUUUCUUA